UGUUAAAAUUGAAUAAUUAUAGUAUGAAUGAAGGAGUAUUUGGGUAAUUUACUCAAAAAGAAUAAUCUUUCGGAAGUGAGCCAGAAUUUAUUCAAAGACGGUUGAAAAAGAGAUUCACACAGCAAAGCUGCAAAGGUAUGGACUUUCUUAAUUCUCAAAUUUCUCUUUUUUCUUAAAUGCAUUUGGUUUUUCUUUGAAAACCCACAUUCCAUCCACCAAAACUUCCAUUAUUGGCUUCCCCAGGUGGUACCCAGAUCCAAUUACUUGCUAUUAAUUUCUAUUUAGUUUAUGUAUCCUCAGCUUGUUUUGUUGAAUUUUUUUUAACCCAUUUGUUCUCUUACAGGUUUGGUUACAAGUAAGUUUUCAAUGGCCAACAAGCCUAAAACAAUGCCACGGCAACUGUCUGUUUACCUAUACAUUCCCAAUAUUAUUGGUUAUAUAAGAAUUCUCUUGAAUUGCUAUGCCUUUGCUCAAUGUUUUUCUAGCAAAAGACUUUUUGCUGUUCUCUAUUUUCUAAGCUUUGUUUGUGAUGCUUUGGAUGGUUGGUGUGCUCGCAAAUUCAACCAAGCGUCAACAUUUGGAGCUGUUCUGGAUAUGGUAACGGAUAGGAUUAGCACUGCUUGUCUACUGGUUAUUCUUUCUCAAGUGUAUAGGCCUAGCUUGGUUUUCUUGUCAUUGCUAGCCUUAGAUAUUGCUAGCCACUGGCUGCAGAUGUACAGUACAUUCCUUGCGGGUAAGACUAGUCAUAAAGAUGUCAAAGACAGCUCCAGUUGGCUUUUCAAACUUUACUAUGGGAAUCGGAUGUUUAUGGGCUAUUGCUGUGUGGCUUGCGAGGUUCUUUACAUAGCCUUAUUUCUUAUUGGGAGAAACCAUACUGAAAAUUUGAUGGAUGUUAUACUGACUACCCUGAAACAGGGCUCACCUCUUUCUUUUCUAGUUGCUUUAAGUUUAUUUGGAUGCUCUAUCAAGCAGGUCAUCAAUAUUAUACAGAUGAAGACAGCAGCAGACGCAUGUGUGGUUUUCGACACUGAAAAAAAGCAGAAGCCAUAAUUGAUUCGAAUUUUCCAUUUCAAG